AUGGAUAUAGAUCUGUUGCUCUUACUAUGCGUCCUAUUCGUCGUCGUAGUCUACAUUGAAGCGGAAGCUAGUAAUGAAGAGGAUGACGCAGAGACUUAUGAACGUGACGCGUCUCCAUACUAUAAGAGGAUCACCAGAGCAUCUCCAUAUUACCAUUACAGACGUGAUAUAAAUUCCUGUUGUUACAUAAAAGAUCUAGGCUUUUACCAUUGCGAAAGAGAUGCCUCAUCUUAUAAAU